UCUGCUGGCAACUGGAUCCAUCUCUGACGGGAGCCCCAGGACUCAGGUUGAUCCAGUGACAGACACAGCGAUGGCCCCAAAGGGACCCCACCCCUUGCUCUUCCUGACCCUGGUCCUGCUGGCCGCCUGCCUGGCCCAACUCAGCGAAGGCGCCAACUACCGGCAGUUCCUGAACCGACAUGUUGACUUCCCCAAGAGUGGCAACGAUCGGCUCUACUGCAACCGCAUAAUGCAGCGCCGAGGGCUGACCCGCCCUGUCUGCAAACCCACCAACACCUUCAUCCACGCCCCCGCCAACCAGGUCCAGGCCAUCUGCACUUAUGCAGGGAGAUGCCACGGACGCAACUGCGACAGUAACGCAUCCUUCAGCCUCACCAUCUGCCGGGUGAGGCCCGGCUCCCGCCCGGGGCGCUGUGUUUACAGGGCCAGCACCCGGAACCGCAGGAUCCGCGUGGGCUGUAGGCAGAGGCUGCCCGUGCACUUCGACAGAAUCCUGUAGACCCCGGGCUCUGGCCAUGGGCUGGGAGCAGGGAGGCCCCUGUUCCCCCGCUUUCGCUGCUGGGGGCUUUCCUGCCCCAUCCCUGUCCCUGCCCCUCCUGGGACAAUGUUUUCCACAAAUACAUUGAGUGUCUCCCCUUAUCCCACAG